GGUCCAGCCCUCCCGGCGGCGGGGCAGGCUGCGCCGAUGUGCUAUGAGAGGCUUUAAACGGCAGGUGCGGGGGAGCAAGGCACACGCGCAACCGGCGGCUGCUGCGGCCCGGCGGUAGCGGCGGGCGGGCGCCUUUCGGCUCGGCGGGAGCCGCGGCGGAGCGGAGCAUGUCGGUGGCGACCGGGGGCAGCGAGACGGCGGCAGCGGGCGGCGGCGGCGGGAACCGUGUUUUCUUUCAGAGCCCCCGCGGCGGCGGCGGGAGCAGCGGCUCCUCCGGCGGUGCCUCCCGGGAGGACUCAGUGUCGGCUCCGGCGGCGGUGGUGCAGGUCCAGCAGCGGCGCCACCAGCAGGGGAAAGUGACGGUGAAAUACGAUCGGAAGGAGCUGCGGAAGCGGCUGGUGCUGGAGGAGUGGAUCGUGGAGCAGUUGGGGCAGCUCUACGGCUGCGAGGAGGAAGAGAUGCCAGAUGUAGAAAUUGACAUUGAUGACCUUCUUGAUGCAGCCAACGAAGAGGAGAGAGCUCUCAAAUUACAGGAAACUCUUGUAGAUUGCUACAAACCAACAGAGGAAUUUAUCAAAGAGCUGCUAACUCGGAUAAGAGGAAUGAGGAAACUCAGCCCCCCUCAAAAGAAGAGUAUAUAAAUAAUUCAAAGUAGUAGCACUCAGUAAAAGACAUGGCAAGGGAAAUGGGACUUUGAAUACAAGACCUUUAUUGUUGUAUUUCUCUACAACCUUCUUUUGAUUUCAUUCAGUUUUGACUCAAGGAAAUUUUUUUUGUGUGUGUGUUUUAAGGGUUCUUUUUUAAGUGUCUAAUUUUUUUUUAACCAAGAGUAUCAACAAUUUGGAUGCUGCUCUACUUUCACUAGAGGGUUACUGAAGCAAGUGAAGAAUCCAGGAGUUAUGAGAGAUGAGGGGCAGCAAACCUACCUGGUGAAGCAGAAGAUCUUGUAAAUUUACAGAACUAGGAUAUUUCUCCUUGCAGCAAGUUGGAUAACAUUUUAAAAGUUGGUUGUACAUUUAACUCAUGGGUGUCAAAAUUUCUUGUGCUUGUCUGUACAUAAAUUAUAAAGUGGGUUGUGAAUCCUGUUUUCACAUGGAUGGAAGGAAAAGUUUGUUACAGUAAAUUAUUUAAAUGGUGAUUAUUGCAAAUUUGUUACCAGAAGGUACCAGUUUAGAUUCUUAAAACCAGUGCUGCCAGUUUUCUAAAUACCCUUAAAGCAGCUCAGUGAAGAAUUUCAUCAUAUCUCCUUCUUUAGACUGCAGCAUACAAAAAGUGGGAAUUUUAAGGGCUUAAUUUGUAGACUGGAAGUUAUUUAACUGACUUUGAUGCUUUGCCAGAUCAUUUCUUGUCCACCUCAUGGUGUCUUAGAACUGUGCUAACCUAUACUGAAUAAAGGCCUGCAGUGAUAUCUAGAGAAAUGUCCAUCACCAUUUAAAAGCUGCUUCACUGUGAAGGAAAGGCAGUGCCACCAAAAUGUAUUACAGGCACUGUCUUGCAUUCAGUGAAGUGGUCUUAACCAAAUGGAGAUUCCUUGCCUACUGAGACAGGCAAAGAACAUUAUACUAUUUGUUUAUGGCUCUGCCUUAGAAGUGGGGAGACUGUAACCUGGGCUCUCCUUUAAAAGCACCACCAGGAGAGACAUCCCUGCUCCAUCCCAAAAAUGUCCCGACAGAAGCGUUCAAUAAGCUACCAUAUGCUGGUAGCUGACACUAGUCAGGCAUUUUAUAUCAAGGGUGCUCUGAACAUAUUUUAUUUUUCAACAGAAAUACAUGUGUGUGGAUUUUGUGUACACUGGCAAGCUUUUUUAAUGUGUUUAAUUUUGUAAUGUUUACUGAUUAUUUUAUUUACCAGAUAUUUACUCAAAUAAAUGGAAGAACUUGUGACUUGUUACAUGUA